UAAUAACAAGCACUUGACAUGACAUUCGGCUAGAAAGCAUUUUUGUUAAGAUAAAGCCGCAGUUUUCAUCCGAAGUUAAAAUGAAUAAGUUCAGAUCGUUAAAUAUCCGGAAAAUUCAAUUUUCUUCCGAUUUGCACAGCAUUCGAUUAUUUUCAGCAACGAGUGCUUCCUACGACAAAUUCAAAUGUAAAGCAUUAGUCGUUGGUGGUGGUACGGCUGGCUGCUCAAUUGCUGCAAAAUUAGCAUCUGUUUUCGGAAAGAAUGAAUGUAUUAUUUUGGAACCAGCGAAUGAUCAUUAUUAUCAACCCAUGUUCACCAUGAUCGGCGGUGGGAUGAAAACACUUUCACAAGUACGGCGUAGCAUGGCGUCUGUGCUACCAAAAAAAGCCAAAUGGAUUCAAGAUGCGGCUGUAAGAUUCGAUCCAGAUGAUAAUGAAGUAAUUACCAAACAAGGCCAUAUUAUUUCGUACGAAUUGCUCAUUAUUGCUGUUGGCCUGCAAUUAUGCUAUGGAAAGAUUCCAGGUUUGGAAGAGGCUCUUUCGAUUCCAAAUGGAAAUGUCACAUCAAUCUAUUCACCAAAAUACGUCGAUCGACAUUUGAAUGCACUGAAUCGUUUUGAAAAUGGGAAUAUCAUUUUUACAUUUCCCGCAUCGCCAGUUAAAUGUCCAGGUGCGCCGCAAAAAAUCUGCUAUAUUACCGAACAUUUUUUACGAAAAACAAAGAAACGUGAACAGGCCCACAUUAUGUAUAACUCAUCACUUCCCACCAUUUUUGGGUGUAAAGCUUAUGCCGAUGCUUUAUGGAAAGUUGCUAACGGGCGGUCAAUUGAGGUCAAUCUAAAAACAAAUUUGAUUGAAGUGCAUGGUGAUAAGAAUGUUGCCGUUUUUGCCAGCAUGGACAAUCCAAAUGAAAAGAAAUCCAUUGAAUAUUCCAUUCUCCAUGCUGUUCCACCGCAAAGUCCACCACAAGUUUUGCUCGAAUCAAAACAUCUUACAAAUGAAGCUGGAUUUGUUGAUGUUGAUAAAGCAACAAUGCAACAUGUUAAAUAUCCAAAUGUAUUUGCUCUUGGUGAUUGUGCAUCAAGUCCGAAUUCCAAAACUAUGGCAGCUAUUGCGGGACAGGUUGGUGUUUUGAAUAAAAACAUUGAAAGCUUUUUAAAAGGAAAACCUCUACGCUCAGAGUACGAUGGAUAUGCUUCGUGUCCGUUAGUCACUGGCUACGACUCGUGUAUACUGGCGGAAUUUGAUUAUAAUCUUCAGCCGAAAGAGACGUUUCCAUUUCGGCAAGAUGUCGAACGUUAUUCAAUGUUUUUGAUGAAACGUGAUUUUAUGCCGUUUUUAUAUUGGCAUCUCAUGCUAAAUGGAUGGUGGAAUGGACCGGCUUCCUUUCGGAAACUUUUUUCUCUUUUUAAACGUAAUUAAGUCCGAAAUAAAGUAAAUCAGUGAAAAGAGAAAAUACAUUCAGUCGAAAAAAAGGCAAAUACUUCUUGAAUUUUAAUUUGAGAUGCGUAGUUCAAUAUGGAAAAUAUCGAUUACCAUUAAACUGAAUAUUACUCUUUUACCAAAAAAAUACCAAACUAAAUGUUGAUAAUAAAAGAAGUUUAUAUUUGAUUGAAAAA